AUGAAAGUAUCAACUCCGAAUAAUUCAAAAGCGGCGGCGUCCGAGCCAUCCCAACCGCCCGUGAAUAACUAUCGAGAGACUUCCUUCGCUGGUGGUUUGCACCAAAAGUCAAGUAAGAUAUCCUUCAGUAUGGCUCCAAGAGAUUGUAGAAAGAGUUCAGAGCUCAAGUUGGUUCGAAAAUCAGGUGGGCUCAGCAAGGCAGCACAACUGCGCCUCUCCGAACUCACUAUCAAUAAGCUCAAGAUACAAAAUUUGGGCCUUGUUGGACGAGAGCAGGAAGCAGCAGCCUUAAAAAAUUGCUACAGGAGUAUGAUGAAUAGGCUGAAUAUGAUCGAAGAGGAACCUGAAUACAUACAAGAAGGGGGCAACACAGCACCACGGAACCGCAAAUCGUAUGCCGCAAGAAAGUCCAAAAUUCAGGGUCAAAAAGAGUUGGUCUUCAUCAGCGGACCUAGUGGCGUUGGGAAAUCAUCCUUGGCAAUGGUUCUGAAGGAUGAGGUAGCUACUACCGACUCGGGGCUGUUGGUGGAAGGAAAAAUUGACUUGAACAUUAGUAUGGAUCAGCCGUAUUCGAGUAUCGCCAAGGCAUUUGGUCAAAUCUUUCGAGAAAUAAAGUCCAGAGGCGGAGAAAUGGAAACACAAAUUGGACGAGACAUCUGCGAGGUGCUGGGCGGCGAUGUGGGAUCCUUGAUCCGCCUCAUUCCCGAAAUGGAAGGGGUUGUAUUGACGCCCAGAAAGUCCAUAGCAUCCAAACUCAGUUUGAAAGGGGACAUCGAUAACAUGCAAGAUCGAUGGACAUACAGUUUUCGGGCGCUCACACGCAUCUUGACUUCCUAUUUCGCCCCUUUGAUUAUAUUGCUAGACGACCUUCAAUGGGUUGACAUCGCGUCUCUUGAUCUGAUAAUCGAUCUAAUCUCGGAUGUUCAGAACCUUAACCCACUAAUGAUUAUUGGGUGCUACCGAUCGAAUGAAGUUAGCGAAGACAGCAUUCUUGGAAAAGGUAUUCGGUCACUCCAAGAAAUGUCUUCUGGCUUCAAAUUCAACUUUACAGAAAUCGAAUUAGACUGUUGUAAGGUGGAGGACAUCAAUGAGAUGAUCUUGGCGAUGAUGUCUAUGGACAAUCCGGAGAAAACUAUUGAAUUGGCAGAAUUAUGUAUGAAACGAACUAUGGGUAAUCCCCAUUUCUUUAUCGAGUUCAUGUCCAUGCUGGAACGUGAAAAUCUGGUGACAUACAAUCUUGGUCUCCUCAAGUGGACCUGGAAUUUGAACGAGAUUGAAAAUGCUACAGUUUCCUCUGCCAACGUUGUGGAAUUGGUGCAAGUUCGAAUAAGGAAAAUGGCGGAAGAUGCACAGCUCCUACUACAACAGGCAGCCUGCCUUGGUCCAGAUUUCACUUCCCCAACCUUGACCAUUGUGUGGCAGAACACUCCACACGAUUCCUCAACGGACACAUCGGAUGAGAUGGUCACUACUAUGCUCAUGACGUUGGAAAAUGAAAUGCUGAUUGAAUUGUGUGGUCUGAACAACUACAGAUGGGCUCACGAUAAAGUUCAAGAAGCAGCCUUGGCACUAGAAGAAGCACAAAGAACCUCUUUCCAGUUUGAAAUUGGCCGUGCCCUUCUGAUGGCACUUCCAGAAAAGCAACUAGAGGACGAACUAUUCAGUGUAGUCGAUUUGCUCAAUAGGAGUUCUGGGAAGAGAUCGCUUGACUACGCCGCUCUGAACCUUCGGGCAGCUAACAAGGCUCGCAACUUGUCUGCUUUUGAGUCAGCAGCUAAAUAUUCUGCAAAAGGGAUUGCGAUGCUUCCUAGUGACAAGUGGACGGUCGGAUCUGAAAUGUCGUUAGAACUGUACACACUUGGUGCCCAGAUGGAACUGGCACUAGGUCGAUACGAAGAGGCGAAUGAAUACUGUAAGGAAGUCUUUUCGCAGAGAGACUGGCCAUUGACAGAUGUUUUGCCGUUGCGCAUGGUCAAAGCAAGAUUAAUGUUCUCGGUAGAGCUCAAGUUCAAUAGUGCGAUUGACUAUUGCCAGGAUCUACUGAAAGAUAUGGGAUAUAAAUUGCUUUGGAGCCGAACUACGGUGCCAAUCCAGGCUGUCUCGUCCCUUGUUCGUACCAUUCAAACCUUGAAGAAGAAACCCACUGAUUUCUAUGAGAAUAUCGGCAUCAUGACUGAUCCAAACGACUUGGCAAUUGCGAGUAUUAUUUCUCGCAUCUUCUAUUCAGCUUAUUUUGUGGAGAAAUUAUUUCUGUCGGUUCUAUGCACCUGUAAGCUGGUGGAGUUCACUCUCAAGAACGGAAUGAGUGAGUUUUCUGGAUGUCACUUUGCCUCAGUUGGUGGCUUUUCCUUGAUUCUGUUGCAAGACUAUGAGACUUCAAGAAACCUCUGUCAGGUGGCACUGGCGAUGCAACGGAUGGUUGGCAAAACCCGGGCGACUGAGACAGAGCACAUCGCCUACGCAUAUGGGCUCACUUGGACGACUCCCAUACACCAGUGUAUCCAUCCGUUAGAAGAUGCCUACAUUACUGGAAUGAAAACGGGCGAGACCUUGUUUGCAAUGUGGAAUUUGCUGUCUUCGAAUAUCCAGCUUCCUUUUGAUUUGGGCAAACCAUUGGAUCGAAUCUUGGAGACAUGCGCUCAAGCAUACGCUCAGAUGAGAGAUGUGUCGGAGGCAGGUCCGGCUUUGGUUUUCUCUGUCUACUGGCAAAUGAUUACCAAACUGGCCACGCCACAAGAAGGCGAUCCGACCAAAUUGGAAGGGACGAUCUUCAAACCUGAGGAUCAUAGUCUGCGAAACAACAUUUACGAGGGAUGCGUCCAUCUUGCUACUGGGGAGUUAAUGGUAUUUUAUGACAUUGAAAAGCUGGCACAGCGGGCAGUCAAAGGUGAUACUGUCUAUGAGAAAUGCUUCCCUGGUUUCUAUAGUAUUAUGCUGGAAACCUUUCAUCGUGGUGUCGCACUGUAUGCCGUGGCCCAAAAAAACAAGAAACGAAAAUAUAAGCGUGCAGCCCGCAAGAUCCGAAAGAAGAUCACCCAGUGGCAAAAAGCAGGGAAUCCCAAUGUCUCUCAUUUUGUAACCUUUCUGAAUGCUGAGGAAUUUGCGCUCAGUAAGAAAUAUGACGAAGCGGAAGACAGCUAUUCAAAAGCAAUCGUGACAGUAGCACGUUGUGGUUACUUGAAUCAUGCCGCGCUUUUCAAUGAACGCUAUGCUGACUUUUUGAUGAUAGUCCGAAACGACGAGGGGGAAGCCAUGUAUCGAUGGAGGGAAGCUGUUCGAUACUACAGAGACUGGGGUGCCCAUGGGAAGGCAAAGCAACUGGAAGACCAGACCGAGCAGCACAAACCUUUAGAAAUCACAGAGAGUUGUGAACCACAUGAAGUCACAGAAAGUUGUGAAAUUGGCGCUAACUAA